GCUGUUUCUUUCAAUUUUUCUGACAUUUAUUAAAUUAAUUUCAAUUAUUUAUUAGUUUUGAAUAAAAUUUUAAUAUUAUUUUCAGUUUAUAUACAUAAAAUAAUGUGUGAAUAUAAAUUUGAAAUAACCCUGAAAAAUCAUCUUUUCUUACAUAGUUAUGAGUAAAUCAUUGUAUAUUCCGUUGUAAUUGAAUUAAUUCAUUAUGGCAGAGCUUACAGAAAGUGCUGAAGAACUGCUUAGAACAGGAAUAAAUAUUUUUAUUAAUUUAUACAACAACCAGUUUCCUACAGAGUUUGGAUGGGCUCCUGGAAGGGUAAAUUUAGUUGGUGAACAUACUGAUUACAAUAAUGGAUACGUAUUUCCAAUGGCUCUACCUAUGGUUACAAUGGUGAUAGGAGCACAAAACUAUUCUUCCAAGAUCCGUGUUUACACUCACAAUCCUGCUAUUGAACGAUGCAGUGUUACUUUUAAAGUACCUGAUGAAGUAGAUUUGACUCGUGGAGAGCCUGAUUGGGCAAACUACAUUAAGGGAACUGUGUCCUAUUUCCAAGGUGCAAAAAUACCAGGGUUUAAUGCCGUAAUCAUGUCAUCCAUCCCUCUAGAGGUAGGAUUGGGAGGAAGUGCUGCUCUUGUGAUUGCGACUUAUAACUUUCUUGAAAACUUAACUGGUGUCAAAACUAAAGAUUUGUUGACAAAGGCUCUCAUUUGUCAAAGCGUUGAACAUUGUUUUGCUCAACAUCCAUGUGGACUUAUGGACCAAUUUUGUGGAAUUUUUUCUCGUAAGGGCCAUGCACUCCUCUUUGACUGCAUGUACCUGAAUUGUAAUAAUGUUCCAUUUAACGAUCCAGACAUUACUGUACUUAUUAUUAACUCCAAUAUUACCAAGAGAGUUGGUACUAAGUAUAUUGUUAGAAGGAACCAGUGCUUUAUAGCUGCAAAGAUUAUGAAUUAUGAUUCUCUCCGAGAAUGUGGAACAAGGGAUCUUUUAAAAUAUCGAACGAAAAUGGAAGAUGUUGUUUUUCGUCGUGCUAGGCAUGUUAUUUCUGAAAUGAAUCGUACUAUUGAAGCAUCUCAAGCUUUGAAACUAAAAGACUAUUAUUCUUUAGGGCUGCUCAUGACACAGAGCCACCAUUCCCUAAGAGAUGAUUUCGAAGUUUCCUGUUCUGAAAUUGAUGAUCUUGUCGAGAUCACACUUAAAGCCAAAGGUGUUUAUGGAUCAAGGAUCACUGGGUCUGGGUUUGGAGGCUGCACUGUAUCACUUGUGAAAACGCAAAAUGUGAAGGACAUAAUUCAGUAUAUAAAGAAUAAUUAUCAAGGAUCAACAGCUAAUUUCUACACUGUUAAAGCCUUUGGAACUGAUUUUAUUAUGGAUCCGUCAUUAGAUAUAAUUGUUAAAGAACAUUUAUGAAUUAAGUUUUAUAAUUACUGAAAAUUCAAAUGUUUACUUUGUUCGAAGUAAUCUUCAUAUUUACUCUACCUGUUAGGCAGUACUGGUCUUGGACAUUUGCCGUCCCUGGGCAAUGACUUGAUCUUUCUUCAAAUAAUUUAAUUUCAUUCUUAAGCUGUUUUCUAUUAAGUAAUAUUUAUUCUUACACCCUUUUUAUUUAUUUAUUUUUUAAUCCUAACA